CAUUGACUCACUCUCGCAAUUGAGCUUCCUCCCACCACGCAUUCUACCCACCGUUACUUCCCCACACCUUUUCCAAUUGAAACUUUGGUCAAUCAAUACAACCGCCAUGACGGAAUCCUACACCACCACGGACCUCCAAGGUGUCCUGCCCCUCAUCGCACGAGGCAAAGUCCGCGAUCUAUACGAGGUGGACUCGAAGACUCUCCUCUUCAUCGCGACGGACCGAAUCUCCGCCUACGAUGUGAUCAUGCAGAAUGGCAUCCCCAACAAAGGCAUCCUCCUGACCCUCUGCACGCGCAAAUGGUUCGAGAUCCUGACGACGGCGCUCCCGACGCUGCGCACGCACUUCCUGACGCUGGACCUGCCGCCGCAGAUCCCGGCGGCGCUGCGGCCCGUCCUGCAGAACCGGAGCAUGCAGGUGCGCAAGCUGCGCAUCCUGCCCAUCGAGGCGAUCGUGCGCGGCUAUAUCACCGGCUCCGCCUGGAAGGAGUACCAGACGCACGGCACGGUGCACGGGAUCGCCGUCGCCGCCGGCCUGCGCGAGAGCGAGGCCUUCCCCGGCGGGCCCAUCUACACCCCCAGCACCAAGGCGGAGCUGGGCGAGCAUGAUGAGAACAUUCAUCCGGAUAAGGCCGUCGAGAUCGUGGGCGAGCCGUACGCGUCCACCAUUGCGUCGCUGUCGGUGCAGCUGUACAAGAUCGCGCACGAGUACGCGCUGACGCGGGGCGUGAUCAUCGCCGACACCAAGUUCGAGUUCGGCGUCGAUGAGGAGACCGGCGAGGUGGUGCUGGCCGAUGAGGUGCUCACGCCGGACUCGUCGCGGUUCUGGCCCAAGGACUCGUACGAGGUCGGCAGGGGCCAGGCCAGCUUCGACAAGCAGUUCCUGCGCGAUUGGUUGGUCCAGGAGGGGCUGAAGGGCAAGGAGGGGGUCGCGAUGAGUGAGGAGGUCGUGCAGAAGACCAGUGAGAAGUACCGUGAGGCGUGGGAGCGGAUCACCGGUGGGGAGAACUGAUUCUUUCUCCUUCACGUAGUAUCUUAAGUAUAUAGUCAACGCGAGCAGAUACUGCUCGCUCAUAAACUCCCAGAGUAGAAAAAAGGGAU